UCAAUGUUAAUGGGGCAAAGCAAGCCGACAGUGCCAUGAGAAAUACCCAACUAGUCAGUCGUAUUUCAAACUAAAUAAUACAAAACUGUAGCUAAAAUAAGUUUAAUAUUCUAACCUCGAAAAAAUAGCAGUGCGCCAAAAAGUUUCGAACACAUAUUUUGAAAAUGGAACGGAGUUGGCGGGAGCCAGUUUGUCCCGAGAUACGAGUAGCCAUGAAGCUGUUAUUUCUGCUGCUGAUCCCGGCCGUGGUCUUCGCCCAGGGCCCGGACUGCGACAGCUGCAUCCGGGUCAACGCCACCUGUUACAACGUCACCUACCUCUUCGACCUGGACGCAGACUUCAGGAAGACCGUCGUCAUCAACGAAAUGGGCCUCCUGAGGACCGAUGAUAUCCUCUACUACAGCUUCGAACCCAACAUUGACGACGCAGAGUACUACAAAGUCGGAUUCGUCAACAUCGCCGAACCAACCAACCACGGCAUAUUGACUGCCUCCAAUUAUUCACUAAAUCUAGGCACCUUUGAUGUAGAUCAAGUAAACAAUGUUAUUUAUCUAGGAGGCAGUGAUGGUGUUUACAAAUUUGAUACAAAAGCGAAAAAGUUUGAACAUUUCAGCUCGCAUGGUGAUACUAUACUUUCUCUGUUCUACAAAAACAAUGUGUACUUUGUAAGGAAUAGUGAGAAAGAGAUUAUAGUUAAGAAAGGUAAUGAAUUUGAGUCGAUACUUCUAGAUGAUAAGAACGGUGACCCAAGCAAUGUGAGGCCUAAAGUGACGAUCAAGAAGUUUGUGAUUACUAAUAACAAUGUUGUUGUGUUUUUAAGUUCUUUCGGUCUUUACGUAACUACUGCCACUAAGAACGCAGAUGUAUUUAGGUUAUCUCAAAAUCCCUUCUUCCGAGGGUUGACUAUGGAUUUAGACGGAGAAGUGUACGCUUGGUGGCUCGAUGGUAUUUACAAAGUGGUUUUGGAAGAUGUUCUAUCUGAUUCGAAAGUUGUGAAAGUGGCGCAUGUUCCUACUAUAGGAUGCAUGACGUUUGAUAAUUCAAACAAUAUACUGCUUACUAUGGAUAAGAGUUUGUUCCAAAUGACCAAAACUAAUAUCACUGCCUGUUAAAACUGUGAUCAUUCGCGUUAGGUCCACGAGUGGCCUUGGCAUGAUGGGUCUACUUACUGCGUGACUGAAUUCCGACUUGAAAUUGCCAAAGACACUAUGGCGGAUGCUUUAGAAUACAUUAUUGCAAAUUAGAUAGCUUGGUGAGAGUAAGAAGCAAUUGUAAACGUCCUUUUUAAGGAGAGGGAGAGGAGAUAAAUAAAAAAUAUAGGGUUGGUACAUAUCAUCACAAUAUCGGACAAAAAGCAACUUUAUAUUAUUAUUUUUAUUU